AUGAACUUGAUGUAAAUACAUUCUGAAAUUAUUUGCAUGUUUAAAAUAGGCAUUUAAAUUUAAAAUGGUUAUUAAAUAUGGAUAUAAAAUAUAUCAAUGUUACUUCAACUUAUAAAAUUUUGUUGUUGGUUGUUCAAUUAAUAAAGUAUGAAAUUUGAUGUAUUAUAGAUUACUAUGGAUAUGUAGUUAAAUAUUUAUUCAAAAUCUCUUUUAAUUUAUCUCUUCCACAUAACAUUGAAAAUCCUUAUGCAGACUUUAAUCAAGGCCAGAGAUUGAAUAUCCAAUUAUUUAAGACUUUUUAUAAAGGAUUAUCUAUAAAAUACUUUAUUGAUUCAAGAUCUAUGACAAAGAGUAAACAUCAACGAUUAAGAGGAUGA